AAACAAAUCGAAGUUUACCUUCUCAUGGAAUAUUUUUCUUUCGUAUAAUUUUGCUCGCCGGCUAAAAAUAAAAUUACACAGUUAGAUUGUGUACUUGAAAGAACAGAAUCAUAAGAAUUUAUAAGAAUAAAAUGUCACAGCUUGAAAACAUAAUUAACGCUUACAAAACCUUAUCAAAAAUACCAUCAGUGUUAGGUGGCAAACUGAUAAAAAAUGGAAGUAAGAUCAGCUCUCGUUGGUCUGUAAGGAACUUAGACAAGGGAAAGAACACUAAAUUCCUAUACAAUUAUGUACUUAACGACAGCUUUAAUGUCAUUGCAGAGAGUGAGUUUGGUAUUGACAUUAGUAAUGAAUUACUAUCAUCUAUAUCACCUCAAGAGACAUUCAAGGCUGUCAUUCGUGAGGAGAAGGAUGGUAAAGAUGCUAAGAAGCAGUAUCUUGAGGUUUGGAAGAAGAACAAUCUGGUGCACAGUAUUGAUCUUACUGCUCUUGAUAUACAUGGAGAUGUGUAUGCAGACGGGGAAUUUGGUAGCUUAGACUGGUCACAAGACGAAAGUUCUAUAGUUUAUGUUGCUGAAAAAAAAUUACCAAAAGUUGAAUCAUAUGUUAAAAGAAAGGCUGAUGAUAAGCCUAAAAUCAAUGGCAGUGGGGAGGCAGCACCCAAGAAGGGUGAAGAGUAUUUAUACCGUCAGGACUGGGGUGAGCAGCUAGUCGGCAAGUACUUGAGUGUCAUUGUGGUGUGCAAGUUGCAAACUGAAACUUGCACAAUACUCGAAGGGCUGCCUGAUUCCUGGUGUCCAGGGCAGGUUCGUUUCUCACCGGACGGCCAGAGCGUGGUGGGCGUCGCGUGGCAGACGGAGCCGCGGCGACUCGGCCUCAUGUUCUGUACGAACAGACCCAGCUGCAUAUUUACACUCACGCUAGAUGGACACAUGAAAAAGGUUUCCGUCGAGGGUAUGGCAGUACGCUCCCCGAGAUUCUCUCCUAACGGUGAUUUAAUGUGGCUGCAGCGGAGUACUGGGGGUCCACAUCACGCCUGUCAUGCACUUGUCAUGCUGCCUAACGGACAGAGGGAGGUGACGACCGUAGUGGGCGUGGUACAGGACGAGUUGAAGAUAGUGGGCGGCGACAGUUUCUACGGCGUGUACUGUGCGGCGUUGCCAAACCGCUGUUUCAGCGCUGACGGCAAACGGAUACUCUUAUCUACACAGCAGCAGAACGAAGUGCGCAGUUACGUCGUCGAUUUGGAUGGCGGUCGUAUAGUCGAUAUAUCGAAUAAAUCCAAGCCCUGCUCGACGACAAUAUUGGACAUUAAAUCUGAUGUAAUACUGGCAACUUGCUCUAGUAUGACCACUCCUGCGCAGUUACACGUAGCACGUCUGCCCUUGCCCGGUGACGAGUCAUCAAUAAGAUGGGUGGCCGUUAGCUCUCUCCCGUCUCUGCCAGGUGCUAUACACGCGAGCCGAGUGGAAUAUAUGCAUCUCACUCACACCGACCAAGUGUCAGAUGUCAACAGUUUCUCCGCGAUCCUAAUGCUACCUAAGGUGGAGGGCAAAGCUCCCCUACUAGUGUGGCCGCACGGAGGCCCACACUCGGGUUUCGUCAACUCGUUCUCUCUCGAGGCUGCGUUAUUUGCGAUGUUAGGUAUUGCCACUCUACAAAUAAAUUACCGUGGUUCUACGGGCGCCGGUCAAUCGUCCGUCUCUUUCUUACCUAAGCGGGUAGGCGAUGCUGACGUGAAAGAUUGUAAAUACGCGACAGAGGAGGCCUUGAAUAAAUACCCGUUGGAUAGGAACAGGGUUACAUUGACUGGAGGCUCUCAUGGAGGUUUCCUGGUCACCCAUCUGAGUGGACAGUACCCGGAUCUGUAUAAGGCUGUGGUGACGAGGAAUCCUGUCACAGAUGUCGCGAGUAUGUACAAUUCUACGGAUAUUGCGGAUUGGUGUGCAGUAGAAGCUGGCUUCGAAUUCACCGAGAAGGGUCCGGUGACUGAGGAGCAUUUGUUGUCUAUGAGACGAUGUUCACCUCUAGCACACGUGCAUAAAGUGCGUGCACCCACGUGCCUAAUGUUAGGCAGCGGCGAUAAGAGGGUGCCGCAGUUCCAAGGGCUAGAGUACGCCAGGAGAUUGAAGGCCAACGGGGUGGCAACCAGAAUUUACAUGUAUGACGAUAACCACUCGUUGUCGUCAUUACCAGCUGAAAUGGACAACCUGAUAAACGGCGCCAAUUGGAUAUUGGAACACUUGCAGUCUUGAGGGAGACGUUACUGAACCUAUGCCAAAUGAUUUUAUGUCCAAUCUUAAUGUGAUAAGAGUGUAUUACGCCAUUUUGGCGCGUGUGGCAAAAUAUAUUUUUCUUUUUUUUUUGUCUCUAAGUUAAUAAUAGUUGUAAGUUAAAACAAAAUGUACUUACUUGAUAAGGAUUGUUAUUUUUAUAUGUUUUAAUAAAGACCUAUCACUUU